AUGAGCCUCUCUGAGGCGAAAGAUGCCUCAUACAAUCGCCUUUUCCAACCGGAGAUUGCUCGAAUCCUAGCGGCACAACUGGUGAUUGCAGUUGAGUAUAUCCACUCCCAUGGAUUCGUCCACGGAGACAUUCAUACAGGAAAUGUUCUCCUCUGGUUGCCAUUUGACCUAGACAAACUGUCUGUGGAGGAGUUGGACGCAAAGUACGGAGAGCCGGAGUUCGAAGCAAUAAGACGUUUCGAUGGGCGACCACUCUCACCUUCUGUCCCGUCACGGGCCGUUUUACCCAUCUGGCUUGGUGUGGCAAGUGACAAGCUCGAGCCCUGGGAAGCUAAAAUUCUGCUCACCGAUUUCGGUGAGGCAUUCUCCCCUACCAAGCAACAAAGGUCUGUGUCUCACACUCCGCUUGUGAGCAGACCACCAGAGGCCCGGUUUGGGUCGAAUCAGCCUCUGGCCUUCCCUUCAGACAUCUGGUCCCUUGGGUGCUCUUUAUGGAGCAUCAUGGGCCAUAAAACACUCUUUGACGGCAUGUUUGCAACCGACGAUAGCAUUACUUGCGAGCAAGUCGAUGUUCUUGGUAUCCUGCCCUCGGAGUGGUGGCACAAAUGGCAGGGGCGGCACACUCGAUUCAUGGAGGAUGGGAAGCCGAUGAAUAGGGAUCCUUCCAUGUCAUGGGAGGACAGAUUCGAGCAUGAUAUACAGGCACCUCGACGGAGGGAAGGAAUGCAACGCAUUGACUCGGCCGAGAAGGAUGCUUUUUUGAGAAUGAUGAAGUCAAAAAUUACCUUCAGGCCCGAGAAUCGUUAUUCUGCCAAGCAGAUUCUCGAAUGUGAAUGGAUGGUUAAAUGGGCUUUGCCUGAGUACGAGAAGAUUCGAAGAAUAUGA